GAAUGAUCGUGUAUAAAUAGAUCCUUCAUAAGUGGUUACUCACACAUUCAUAUUCAUUCAAUCAUUGAAAAAAAAAUGGCCUCAAUCUUAAAAGGAGGAAGACUUACCCUGGCUCUUAUCAUCCUCAUCGUCAUUAGUUCAUCAUCUCACAUCAUUACAACCGCCACUGCUCGGACUCCAUACAAUCAUAUCCGCCAACUAGCUACAAAUUGCGAUUAUGACCCUAUACAACAACACGAUGGACCCGACGGGUGUGGUAGUGGAAUUGGAAGUGGAAGUGGAAGUGGUGGAUCACCAAAACCAAAACCAAUACCAUGCGGUUCAAUGCCAGGUGGGAGCCUUUGUAAGAAGGGUUGCUGUGGAAAGACUAAAAUGGGAAGGGCCGAAUGUUGCUAGUAGUACCGGAGGUUGUACUACAUCAAAUAAUAUAUCUGAAUCCCUUGUUUAGAUCAGAAAAUAAUAUUUAAAAUCAUUUCCACCCUGUGCUUUUCCUUAAAUUCUAUAUGUAUGUCCACAAAAAUUUUAUAUCCAGAUAAUGUUGUUCGAAUCUCGAGGAAAAGAUUCUAUCAUUAUAUUUGUCAAGAUGGUUCACAAGUUUAAUUAGUAGAAGAAAACAAAAAUCAAACAUGGCUAGCUAACUUUAACUUGCACAAGUGGCAUGAGCUUCAUCCAGAUAACUUUAGAUCCCAUAUCGACCUGAAAAUGUUGGUUAAUUUAAUGCUGAAUCAAGAUGGAAAUAUGGGUUGUUUGUAUAAGGCCAAUAUCCUAAGACGGAAACUAAGCUUU